AUGAUAUAAGAUAAAGGAGAAAAAAAGGACAAAAUUCAAUAACCUAUGUAUGAACUUCUCCCAGAAAUGACUUAUAAAUAAAAAUAAUGGUGCUAUGCUAUGUCUUUUAAUCAUACUAGAACACUCUUAGCUUUGGCAGCAAAUUAGGAUAUUAAAAUUUUCUAAUUUGCAGAUGGAUUUAUGAAGUAGAUUUAAUAACUAAGAGCUCAUUCUUACUUAAUCACAACUCUUAAUAUAUUACGAAGUAGAUAACAUUUGAUUUCUAGUUCAGAAGAUACUUCUAUAAUUAUAUGGUCAACAAAUCUCUUAUAAAAUCCAAAAUACCUAAUAAAAUUAAAGGGUCAUUAAUCAUAUAUUAAUUGUUUAGUUGUUCAUCCAAUAAAUGAAAAUCUUAUAGUUAGUGGAUCUGAUGAUAAGACUAUCAAAUUUUGGUCUAAUCAUAUUUCCAAUUAAUAAUUAAUAAAUCAUUAAGACUAGAAAACAUGGUUUUGUUCCUAGACAAUUAAUGAUCAUACUUCUAUGGUUUAUGGAUUAUGUAAAAUACAAUAUCAAUCAUCUCUCAACAUAAUAUAAUUAUUCUGUCGAAGCUUAAGUUCAAAAUUAAUAUAAAAGAUAGAAAUUAUAAAUUAAUUAAAAUUUUAGAUUUAUAAGUUAAAUAUUUAAUUAAGAUAAAAAUUUUGA